AAAUCACACCCGGGCGACCUUGGAGGCAAAACCCAACGCGUCCCGAGCGUCUCCAAAGGCGGCCCAUCCCAUGCGUACUGCGCGCGCCGCGCCGCCCACCUCCCCACCCCUCCUUGCGCCGGGAAGCCAAUGGGCGCGGGGGAUGCUGGCGCCGGGGAGGCGGCCGGGUUGCUACAGCAGCGGCCACACUCGCGGCGGCGGCGGGGAGCUGGAGCCUUGAAGGGGCGGCGGCGCCAUGGAAGAGCUGGACGGUAAGGGAGGGAUGCGAGGAGAAGGCCCGGGGAGGAGGCCUUCUCCGCUGAGGAAAAGGCUGCAGCCGCCGCGCCGCGCGCGAGAGAGAGAGGAGGGCCGAGCCUUUGUGUGUUUCUCCGGAGCUGGGAAGAAGGGAGGUGCCGGAGGGAGGCAAGAAAUGGUGGCCUCCUCCGGGAAGGCGACGGGAGAAGGUCCUUCGCCGACCUCCGAGAAUGGGCCGGGAAGGUGGGCGCAAGCCGCCUGCGUAAAGCGCCUCCGCCUCGCCUUUCCCCCCCUUGGCCGUUUGGUGCGCUGCUGCUGCUCCUCCCUUGCCCAGCCCUUCCUUUCCCUGUUUGCAGAACUCGUCGCCAAGGGGCAAGGCCAGUGCCAGAUUUACGUAGAAGCUAAACAAGCUAUAGUUUAGGGCCCCGGGCCCCCCCAAAAAAUUAAAGGGGAAAAAACCCCUGGAUGUACAUUUCAAAAAUAGAAGAUAAAAAAGACAUAAAAUAAAACCUACAUCAACAGUGCUUUGUGUUGUGUGUGGACCUAUUGGGUCUCCAUAAAUGACCAUAUAGCAUAUAUUCAACACAAAAAACAGCGACAAUUUGUUGUUGACAAAGGACAGCUGGACAUGUAAAGGGUCCCAUUACCUUCAGUAGCUUAGGGCCUCAUCAAACCUAAAUCUGGUCCUGGGCAAGGCUGCUCCUGGGAGGAAGGCAGGGAUGGGCUUGUUAUUCUAUGAAGCUAGACUGACUUGAAGGGUCCAGUGGGUGGUUAGUCCCAGGCAGGCCGCUCUUAGGUUCUCAGGCAUUUGCUUGGCAGGCUGCUGAAGCCAAUAAUAAUAAUAAUAAUAAUAGCAGCAACAACAGCAGUGUCCCCCCCCCCCCAAAAAAAUGUUUAGGGGUACUCUCAUUUUCCUACUCAUCUUGAAACACUGCCCCACAAUGAGGCCAAACUUAGAUUCACAAAAUGUUUAGAGGUGCCCCAGAAAAAAAUAAUAAUCACUGAACAACUGUAAUAAUAUAAAAGAGCAACAGCAACAAUGACUCUUCCUAUCUAAAACUGACAAGUUUUAAGGUCCGAGCUUCUCAGUGUUAUCUUCCUUACUGCAUAACUGUUUUGUUGAAUCUUGUUUCUUUGACGGUGGGGGUGAUGAGGUCUUUACAUGCUUUUUUAAAAAAUCAAUGCAAGACAAGAGGGAGAGGGAAGGGUGCUUUCAGGAGCAUUGGGAGGGACUGCUUGUGGCAUGGAACGCAUCACAUGGAGGAUAUUGGCACAGGAAACUUGAGAGAACCAUUUUUAAUGCAGGUAUAUACUCUAGCACCCGGUGCAAGUUUUAUAUUUCUGUGGCAGCAGUGGGAAAUGCAAGAGGGGAAGCCGGGUGGGUGGAAAGAUGAUUUCAGUGCCAUUUGUGUGGAAAGGCCUAAAACCUUUUAGACUGGGGAUGAGUCCUUUGCUGGCUUAGCAUAUCUCCCCCGUGGUGAAGUAGUGUUUGGCUGAGUUCUCUUGGCAUGCCCAUGUUUUCUCAUUCCUGAGCAAUGACCUUGUAUGGCUAGUUUUGGCUGUGCAAGCUGAGCAUUCAUUGCUUUCCUAAGCCUUUAAUAAAUCGUUUGUUUUAAAAUGUUACAUGUAUAGUAGUUCCCUCUACUUAGCUACUCAGCAUUCUUGUCACAUUUAGCCAACAAUAUGCUCAUUUAUUUUUGCUGUGAACAGCUGACAUUCUGAGGGUGAUGACAGCAUUAUUUUGGGCGGUUUGUCAUCUGUUUUAUUUAUUUAUUUAUUUCACAAUUCUAACAAAGAAAUUCUAACUGAAGAAAUGUUUUUCUGACAUUUAUAAUCUUUCACACUUACAUGCACUGUGGAAGUGGAGGAGAUAGGUUUUACUAAGAAAAACAUUCAGAUAACUAGAACUAAACAAUCUGACCUCAGUAAAGAAUUGAAAAUGGUAGCCCUUUAGGACAAUUUCCCAUUUGGACUGCACUCCUCUGCUUAAAUCCCAUUAAAACUGAUGCUCACUGAAAGAUUCUAGUUAUUGUCUUGAAGCUACUUGCAGGAGCACUUAUGCAUCUUAAUGUCUGAAAACAUGAGAGGAGGAUUUUUGUAUAUGCCUACUUCUUGUUAAAGACAAGAUGUUCCAGAAUUCUUGGCUUAUGCAGGUCUUCAUUUGACAUUUAGGGUGUGUACACUGCUGCAUGCAGGUUCUGCUUGCAAACAUCCCAUAGACAUUUGGUUAGCCAAUGGGAAGACAGAGUGCUGGGUUAUACGGGUCUUUGGCCUGAACCAGCAGGUGAUUCUUUUGUUCUUAAAAUUAAAAAACCAAUAUUCGUAGUAAGAAUAGUUGCAUGGGAACAAAAACAAGAGAAGUAAUUGAGGUAAUCUGUGGUUCCUAGUUGAGAACCAACAAACCAGCCCUAGCAAUAAAACAUUAAGGGAGCCAUCCUACUGCCAGAUUCAGCAAGGUGAGCAGGUUAGGAUCUAGUGCCUUAUCUCCUUCAUCCUUGGCUCAGUCAAAGUAAGUCCUGAAAAAGAGAUGGGGGCGGGGCAUGGCAGAGACAGGACCAGAGGGGUGGGGUCUGGAUCCUAAACUCACUCAGCUUGGUCAUGUGACCUUGCAACCUGACAUAAAUUAAGCUGGCAAAAAAGUACAGCGGUACGCUUCAGGUUACAUACGCUUCAGGUUAUAGACUCCGCUAACCCAGAAAUAUUACCUCGGGUUAAGAACUUUGCUUCAGGAUGAGAACAGAAAUCGUGCAGCGGCGGCACAGCAGCAGCAGGAGGCCCCAUUAGCUAAAGUUGUGCUUCAGGUUAAGAACAGUUUCAGGUUAGAACAGACCUCCAGAAUGAAUUAAGUUCUUAACCCAAGGUACCACUGUAUAGUGUAACUCAAACACUAUUUUAAAGACUUCUUUUCCCUCUGCCAGCAGCAACCCUGUGACUGAACAGAGUUUGGAUCUGGUGUAACUUUACACCAGCUGAAUUUACACCGGCUUCUUGUGUAGAGGAUUGCUACCUAAGCCCAACACAACAUUACUAAACGCUAAUCAGAUUACCAUAGUUAAAACAGUUUAGAUGUACAACUAAGGCAAUAGUUGCAGACCUAACAUGAUAAAAUCAAAUAACUUAAGCCAUGCAAAUCACAGCACAUUUUGUAGUAGCAUAACAAAUGGUCUCCUACAUUACCUACUUUCACUCUAGUGGCCUCUAUUGAUGUGGUAAAGGGGGCAAAAGAGUGGCACAGCCUCUUCAGGGGCAUUGAAACCGUGGCCUCUCUAGUGGGGGAUAGUUUUCUCUUUCGUGUGGAAGAAUGAAGUACUGCUAUUAUUAGAAUUUUUAGUUGUUUCACGUAUUCUAGGCAUAUGUGUACAUACCCUUCAGAAAGGGAAAUGUUUUGGCAUUUUCAAACAACCCCCUACAUCUUUUCAGGGCUGUCGCUCAGCUAAAAAAAAAAAUGUAGGUUAAUUGUAAGUUUUCAUCCUUUCAAUUCUACUGAAAUAUAAAACUCAAUAAAACAAUGAUUCCAAAUAAAAAUACUUCCUUUCUUCUUUUUGUUUAUUAAAUUUGUCAGUUCUUUUAUAGUGCUCAGGAAACCCAAAGGGACUUACAGUUGAGCAGACAGACAAUAAAUGUCACAUAGAUACAUUAAAACCAAGAGGAAAAAGAAAUACAUUUAAAAAAAUCCCAUCCACUUUGAAAAUGCCACAAAUAGUUAAAAACCAAAGGCCUGGUUAUAGAGGGAAGUUUUUGCCUGGGGCCUAAAGGUAAAUAAUUAUGCUGCCAGGUGAGCCUUCCGGGGGAGAAUAUUCUACAAAUGGGGAGCAACCCUCUGGACCUCUCGUGGAGGGGGCACACAAAAGAGGGCCUCAGAUGAUGAUCACGGUCUGGGUUGAUUCAUAAGGGGAGAGGCAGCCCUUCAAGUAUUGCACCCCUGAGCCUUUUGAGUCUUUAUAUGUAAAAACCAGAACUUUGAAUUGGGCCCACAAACUAAUUGGCAGCCAGUGCAAGUCAGACUCAGACUGGUGUUAUAUGUUCAGGAAACCUCUCAUCCAUCCUAUCUAUGCCUCAGUCUAACCUGGAUUGAGCUUCAGUUUAUUGGCUCUCCAGUCCAUUACUGAGGCAAGAACUAUCCAGCAGAUCUACUGCUACACCUGCAGAUUUAAAGAAGACGUGUGCCAUCAGUAUAAUGCUGACAAAGUACUCCAAAACUCAGUGGUUUCAUGUAUCACCCUCUAGAAACGACCAUCCAAGUAGGACUGGAACCACCGCAAAGCAGUGGCGACCCCUCCUAACUCAGACAGCCACUCCAGAAGGAUAACAUGGCUGAGGUCAAGGAGCAUUAACGGGCACAAUUCCCCUGUCUUCCAACAGAGGUCAUACAGGGUGACCAAAGCAGUUUCUGUGUCAAAACCAGGCCUAAAUCCCAAUGGAAAUGCAUCUAGAAAAUCAGUUUCCUCUUUACUGCAGUUCCACCACAUAUGGUAGAGAUCUCCUUCUACCUCUCCACAUUUCCAACAUUUCUUGUUUUUCAUUCUGUACAUCUUUGCCAGUUUUACCGGCGUGAGGUACCACCUGUAAAUCAUCUGGUCAGAUGGUCAUCUGGUCUUGGCUUUUAGGUGAUGUAUGCAUCUUUUGCAGCAACACCACCUUAACAGAGACCUUUCCUCCAGCAUAAGAGAGAGAGAAAAGCCUGAUUAUAUUUGAUGAUUCCUGCCCCCGUGGCUAAGAUGAAUAUAUUAUGUGUACCGUAUUUUUUGCUCCAUUGGACGCACCCGACCAUAGGGCGCAUCUAGUUUUUAGAGGAGGAAAACAAGGAAAAAAUAUUCUGAAUCAAAUGUUGUAUAAACUACUGUAUUUAAUAAACAACCGGUAUAUCAGAAUCACAUUACAGCCAUGUAAAGUGAACAGCAGUCAACAAUGGCAUUAAGAACCAUCAUCACUGUCAUUAACAAAUGAAGAGAGACUUUAAGGUUUGAGUACUCUUCUAGUCUUCUGUGAACCCCAAGAACUCAUCACUGCUAAAGUCAGAAUUUAUGAAGCUCAGUUGCUCACAGUCACUGACAUCACUUUCUUCGCUAUCUUCAUGUAAAAUACCAUCUUCGUAUCCAUCCAAAGCAUUGCUAAUGCCACAUUUUUUCCUCUCAAUUCUCUUCCUCCCCUCUCUCAGCGAACAGCCUGCCAGCUGCUCGCAAACAUUCCCUUUACUUGAAUUACAGUCAAGAAACAGCCAAGCAGAGCUUCUCAGCGGCAGGCUUGGGAGGCUUUCCUUUCCCCCACUUUUUUCUCCCCCACCCCCCAAGCAGAACAGUCCCCUUUUCCAGCCUCCUCCUCUCCAUCCCUUUCACCCAAACUCCUCAGGUGACGUCUACAAUUUCUCCCCUUCACUGCUCCCUCUCCUUUGCCCUCUACCAUGACUCUCCACUCACGGCAGCCUAUGGUACCUCAUCUCCCUUCACCCAGCUUCUUGGUCCCCCUCCUCUCCAUCCUCUUCCUCCCCUCUCUCAGUGAACAGCCUGCCAGCUGCUCCAAACCUUGAGGGGAAGGGCAGGCUGCUGGCAGAGCAGCACCCCCCACCCCCAUUCAGCAGCCCAGGAGUGUGGGGCAUGGGCGCACAGCCUGCCCACUGCUCCAAACCUUGAGGGGAAGGGCAGGCUGCUGGCAGAGCAGCACCCCCACCCCCAUUCAGCAGCCCAAGAUUGUGGGGCAUGGGCGCACAGCCUGCCCACUGCUCCAAACCUUGAGGGGAAGGGCAGGCUGUUGGCAGAGCAGCACCCCCACCCCCAUUCAGCAGCCCAAGAUUGUGGGGCAUGGGCGCACAGCCUGCCCACUGCUCCAAACCUUGAGGGGAAGGGCAGGCUGCUGGCAGAGCAGCACCCCCACCCCCAUUCAGCAGCCCUGGAGUGUGGGGCAUGGGCGCACAGCCCUCCCGUUGCUCCAAAGCUUCCCGGGGCUGCAGGGGGAAGCCGAGGCUGCCGGCAGGGGAGCGCGGCUCCACCACCACUACCAAAGACCAGUCCAAGAGUGUGCCACACUCCGGCAAUUUGGCUCCAGGGACCACACAUUCGCUCCAUAGGAUGCACAGGCAUUUCCCCUUACUUUUUAAGAGUAAAAAAGUGCGUCCAAUGGUGCGAAAAAUACGGUAUAUGUGUAAAUCAGGGAAGUCGUCUUAAUGAGUCAAAAUACUCAUGAUUUAAUGAAACACUGCAUUCCUAUCUCUUUAAGAACGUUAAUGUAAAACUUCAGUUUAUUGCUGCCACAACCACAUUGCUCAAGUUUAGCUAAGGGUGUCCACUGACAGGGAGGCCAUAAAUAGUCCUUUGCUUCACAUUGUCGAUAAGCACAUUUUUGUAGCAAUAUACUUUAAAUGUUUCUGUAGUGGGUUGUUGCAGAAAACUGAGGAUUGAAGUGUGCAGCUACAAUAAAGGGUGGCAGAGUGUCUGCUUUGCAUGUAGAAAGUCCAAAAUUCAUUAUCCAGGUAGGGGUGGGAAUGUUUCCUCUUUGAAACCCCAGAUAGUUGCUGCUAGUGCAAACAGUUCUGAGCUAUAUGGUCCAAUGACCUGAUUGAAGAUAAGGCAGCUAUGUUUCUGUUCCUGUUGCAAUAAAGUAAGUUAUUGCAAGAUUUGCAUGGAGCUGUAUUGGAGAGGUGGACGUAGUGAUGUCAGCAUUGUGGCUUCAUUACAGGCUCCCAGAACGCUUUGUUGCACUGAUGUAAAGUGAUGUGUGCACACUCCAUUGUUAUCCUUGCCACCUAUACUAGUCAGUUUUAAAUACAGACCACACGUCAUUAUACAGAAAAGUGUCAGCAGCAUGACUAACCACCAUCACACCAUACAGCUACUCAAUGGACUUAAACACAGGUUAAGAGAAGGGCAUGAGAAAGGACAGGGGCAACACUUGGAAAGUAAAGCCACAUGGUUCUGUCACACCAGAGCAUUGGCUGCUACCCUGCAGUACAGUGGUACCUCGGGUUAAGUACUUAAUUCGUUCCGGAGGUCCGUUCUUAACCUGAAACUGUUCUUAACCUGAAGCACCACUUUAGCUAAUGGGGCCUCCUGCUGCUGCGCCGCUACUGCACGAUUUCUGUUCUCAUCCUGAAGCAAAAGUUCUUAACCCGAGGUAAUAUUUCUGGGUUAGCAGAGUCUGUAACCUGAAGCGUAUGUAACCCGAGGUACCACUGUAGUAGUAAUAACACUACCCUGGCAGUAGAUAAUAAGACAUCUAACAGCAAUCCAACAAGUAAUAGUUGGCAAUAGCAAGCUACAAGGGGCAUCAUACAGGAGUUGUAUCUUGGCAAUCUUCUAGGAGUACAGCUCAGUAUUCUACAAUGAGCUUCUCACAGGCUUCUCACAGAUGCCCACCUUUGCUCUUUCUUGGCUUGGUUGCUCAUACACAUGAUGAUCUGUGCUUCAGUGAUGCACUCUUAGAUGUUGAGCUUCUUUGCCAGAGUUACGCUGCUUAAAAAAAUAUUCAGACAACUAAAACACUCAGGCCACACAUGUGCUGGCUAUUCAGCCAAAAUGUGAUAGGAAAGACUGGGACAUGAGAAAAGGAGACCUAGUAACAUUGGACAAAAUGGGAUGGCGUGGACAGGAAGCAGGCGGCCCAGUAAGUGCUUUAAAAGACAAAGUACUUAAUCUGUAGUGAUGAAUAUAAUUGUUCUGGCUAGUCUAGCGUUGACUGCUCUGACUGAUGGAGCAUGGAUCUUCUGCUUCAUAUUGUGCCCUAGAAAAUUAUUCACAAGUAGCUAAUGUUAGAGAAGGGAUUCUGCUAUUCCUCAUUUUUUCAGCCUUUAUUGACCAUUGUCUGCGAAUCUAGGAUUAGAGAACAGUCUUAAGUACUUUUCCUUAAAAAAAUGGUGCUGAAGUUUUUUGGGAAUGAAAUUAUAAUAGGCUAUUUAUGGAAUGUGUCAAAUUUUUUAGUUUUAAAAAAACUUGUGGGACUUGCCAGCUGGAUAACACUUAGGUUGCAAACUCAAGCAGGGCCACUUGAUAACUAGAAAUACAACUAAUCUUAAAAAGAUGGUAGCACAACAGAAGAAAAUUUAAUCCUGUUGAAGAAAUGCAGGUAAUUGGACUAGUGCUUUCUGCAGUAAUCCGUUAAGCAGUUUUGCCAUAGAUCAUUACUGUUUUAAUGAUUUAUCUCAUUUUAUUUUUCUCCUUAGAGACUUGCUACUCUGUAGGGUAUUCAUGUGUGUUGAAAUAUAAAGCUUAUCUUAAUAUGAGAUUUGUGCAGAUUCUUGGUGUUGAUUCUAUGAAGAGCUUAUUAGGCAUAUUGCUUCAAACUUAUUUUUUUAAAAAAAAUGCCAGUUCUUUAAUAUAUGUCUAUGUAGAAUGGACUAAUUAACCAUGGGGAAUUAAACACUGGGUGGUAAGGUCUUGUACAGUCAUACCUAAUGUUAUGGAUGCUUCAGGUUACGCAUUUUCAGGCCGCGGACCAUGGGAAACCCGGAAGUACCGGAACGGGUUCCUUCCGGGUUUUGCCGCAUGGGCAGAAGUGCUAAAUCGCGCUAUGCGCAGAAAUGCCAAAUCACACAUAUGCGGUGCUUCAGGAUGUGAAUGCUGCGGGUUGCAGACAUGCCUCCGUUACGGAUUAUGUCUGCAACCUGAAGUUCCACUAUAAAGGUUUCCUCAAUGACCCUCCCCUUUUAUUUACAUAAGUGUUCAUUGGAGUAAGAUGACUAAAACUGAUUUAUCAGGGUAGCUGAUAAGUCAUUGCAGUGUGUGAGAAAGCAAAAAUAAUAUGAGGAAUUUAUGGCACAAAAUGGUGAUCAAAGCAGGUUAUACACAAUAUAUUUUAUGUUUUAAAAUUAACAAAGCAACUUUCCAUCAAGAACAUGGUACCCAAUGGCCUCUAGGCAUUGUUGGGUGGAAUCUACACACAUAUAAAAAACUCUGUGAAAAUGCUUUUUAAAAAAACAUUUUGAAAAAUAUAUUGAAUUUGCCUUGGCUUACCAUCGCCAUCUAGUGUCACAUUUGUGUAUUGCACUUUACAACACACUUAAAAUGUUUUAUUUGCGGCUGUAUGGCUGAGUCCCUGAACUACAGUUCCCAUGAGCCCUAACCAUUGGCCAUCCUGGGAGUGGUAAUCCAAGAGCAGAUGCAGGGCAUCAUGUGGUCCAGACUAGAUGUCUCCACUUGAUGCAACCAGGUGCAAAGAACAGGGCUUCUUUCAUGUGUUUUUUAUCUAUUCAACUGUAUUUGUGUUCUAUUUAAUUAUAAAUAAAAUCUCCAAGCUCUUUAUUUUUAAUAAUUCUGUAAAAGAAGAAAUUGUAGUAAGUACAAAUUGUUAUUCAGGGGCAAUAGAAAAUGCAUCUCUUUGCUCCAGUGUUCAAAACUCUCAUUGUUCUAGGAGCAUUUUGCGACUGGGAAUUUCAUUAGCGCAAGCAGUUUCUGAGCUCUGGCCACAGUGCUGCGCCUAAGAUUUCAGAUUAAAACUGGAAUGGAAAGAAAGGAGGACCUUUUUUCUGCUUCCCAGCUACUCUCUGAAGACUGGAGAAGAGACACUCUUAAUAAUUUUAGGGGGUUGGGCAGAGGAAGGAGUAGAGCAUGUGAAAAAUGAACAUAAUAUUUUAGCUGCAGUUCAUUUAUUUUCAGCUUUGUAUUGUUAUUAAAAAAGCACGCCUAGACAUUCCGUUGUUGCGCCCAUAACCUAUUUUUAAGGUGCCAUUUAGCUCCUAGCUUGCAUAUCUCAUUUUUUAACACUGCUUUGCUCAAUUGUGAAAGUUAAAUAAAAAUACAUUCUGCAUAAUUAUGAAAGUUACGAUACCACUGUACUUCUUUUUUCUGUCUGGUUUUCCUUGCUAUCUAGGUCACUACUGUACUUGUUAAAUGUCACAGUCUUUUAAGGAUGUUAUGGAAUUGGCCUGGUUUUUUUAAAAGUGACCAUCUAUUCAAAGCUUUCUCAGUUUCUGACCUUCAACUUUGUCUUCUAGUACAUUGCAUCUCCAGUCUUUAUUUAUUUAAGAUAUUUUUACCUUGUCUUUUGAACUUAUUUAGCAUACAACAACUACAUUCAGAGCAAACUACAGCAGGGAACACAGAACCACUAACCAGCAUUUUUCUGAAGUGUUGAAUUGGAGUCCAAUCCAUAUACUUAUUGUAAUUGGUAUGCAUGCUUGACAUAUACAUGAAUACAGUACUUUCCCCCCCUAAAAAAUGUUUAGGUGUACUCUCAUUCUGUCUGAGACUCAGGAAACGAGGCUGCCAUUGGGGGUAGCAACGGGACUGACAAUUCUCUGUGCUAGAGAAGAAACUUAAAAUUUUAAAUUUUUUAGUUUCUUCUCCCAUUAGAUUCACAAAAUGUUUAGGGGUAUGCGUACCCCUAUGCCCCCUCCCCCCGAAAAAAUCACUGCAUGAAUAUAUCUGAAAGGUAUGUAAAGAUGAUAAAUAAAGAUGCAGGAUUGAAUGGCAAUAGAAUAUUUAUCAUUAUCCAUUCCAAACAGUUUCCUUCAUUAUAUACACAAAGGAAAGAUGAGUUCCCAUUAAUUAUAUUUUCGAUUACUGAUAGCUGAGUCAGGAAGUGUCAGCACAUAUUUAUUGAAAAACGCUCAUGAAAUCAGUACAAGGAAGCCAGCUUCCAAGUACUGAUCUUUGUGUCAUUCUUUGUAUAUUCUUUUCCAGGACUUCUUUGAGAGGUGAAUUGCUUCAUGUUGUAAAGACAAAUAUCAGCAAAUGCCUUGAAGCUUACAUGCAUAAUUAAAUACCACUGAUAGUUAGGGAAUAGGGCCAGUGAUAUCUUUUCUUUCAUUGAUCUUGUAUAGACUCAACAAGCGCACGCAGUAGCAAGAUUGCUGCCAUUGAUCCGCUACCCAUGAUAAUCGGUUGAGCUGUUUGUAGACACACUCUCUUACUGUUACGCUGCUUCUGCAAGGCUAGAUGUUCUUCCAUACCUGAUACAUCAGUCUUGUGCGUAGUUAUUAUCAUUUUGGUUGUGUAAGUGAUGGCACUUGAAUAAAUGUAUCAGAAUUAUAAUAUAGGAUGUUAUAUGAUGAUGAUGAUAAGUGGUGCUUUGCUAUGUGAAGCAAAGGUGGAUUAACAGCACUGGUGGGCUGCUGCUGUAUGCAGAUUGAAUGUGAAGUCAAAUUUCUUUGCUAUUAUAUCUGAUAAUAAAGGCCUGUGAGACUUCCUGGUAUGGCCAACCAGAGUCAAACCUAACCUCCACGCCCCCUUUUUCUUUGUUAAGCCUCUCAAUGAAAACUUGCAGGAUGUUGGAUCUUACUGAAUGUGUAAUCCAGCCUUGUAAAUAAACUCACAAAAGUUACUAGAUGCAAAUAAUAAUAAUAAUAAUAAUAAUUAAUAAUAAUAAUAAUAAUAAAUAAAAAUACUAGAGACUCCUGCAGCACCGUGCUGUAAUUCCAUGCUGGGUGCAGAGUAGAGGGUUUCCCUCCUCCGAAGCCAGCUUUUAUUUUUGUGCAGGGUGUAGAGGGAGGAUGCAUGCGGUUCCAGGUGGCCUGUGCCUCCCAGGAAAGUGCUUAAAUAUAAAGUGUCAUCAAGCUAACUUCAGCAGAGGAUACUUUUUAAAUAAAGAAGCUUAUUCAAGCUUGCAAAAGUUAUGGCAUGAAAUCUGUCUUAGCAAUUUAGGACGUGGCCUUAUACUGAGUCAUACCAUUAGUCCCUCUAAAUAAUAAUAAUAAUAAUAAACCUGUAUUGUCACUACACCACCUGUGUGCAGUGAAAUUAAAUGAGCCUCCCUCUCCCCCCACAUACACUCAGUCUUGUUCAUGCUCUGUGUGCUUGUCAGAAGUCAAUUACACCAUUUUUUUUCCCAUUCAGCAGCCCAACAGCCCACGGAUAAAAACUGUUCUUUAACCUGUUGGUGGGACUGACUAUACUUCUGUAUCUCCUGCCCAAAGGUAGAAGAUUAAAGAAGUGCUGGCCAGGUGUGAGGCGUCCCUAAGAAUUUUCCUCGUUCUCCUGAGCUCAGUAUUAUCUGCUACACUGACUGGCAGCAACUCUCCAGGGUUUUAGACCAUCGUGGCUGUGCGUCCUAGAAGACCUGCUCCCUGCCCUGCAGGCCUUUUCCCACGUGGUCUGGGAGGGCAGGGCCUUGACUGACUCCAGCUACAAAAGCUGAGUCUGGUGAACGGACUAUUGGGCUGCGGCAUUAUUUAGCAUGUUUUGUUGGGUGGAGGUUGUUGCUGUUGUUGCUGCUGUUAAUUUGUUGUAUCUUGCAAUUGUAUCUUAUGUGAAAAUUAUUCAAUUUGGUUGUGUACUUUUCAGUGUUUAUUUAUUGUUUAUGGCUACUUUGUUGCGCCUGUUGUUUUAUGUACAGUGGUACCUCGGGUUACAUACGCUUCAGGUUACAGACACUUCAGGUUACAAACUCCGCUAACCCAGAAAUAGUACCUCAAGUUAAGAACUUUGCUUCAGGAUGAGAACAGAAAUCAUGUGGCAGCGGCGUGGCGGCAGCAGGAGGCCCCAUAAGCUAAAGUGGUGCUUCAGGUUAAGAACAGUUUCAGGUUGAGAACAGACCUCCAGAACGAAUUAAGUUCUUAACCAAGGUACCACUGUAUGUUGUGAGCCACUUUGAGCAUGGUUUGGGCUUUGGAAAAGCAGCAUACAAAUAAAACGAUUGAUUGAUUGAUUGAUUGAUUGAUUGAUUGAAACAGUUUCCAUAGGGAGGAAACCCUGUGGCUGUAUCUCUAGAGGGUUCUAGAUUAUGAGAAUGUGCAACUUUUCUUUCUGAUGGUCUUUUUGUUUGUAUUUUUAAAACUUACUUUUUAAAAAGUCCAUGCAUAUAUGAACUUAAUGGGGAAAAUGAGACAAUAAUUGUUUCUUGUACAUUUUAAAAGAGAAUGACUUUUCUCUUUCUGUUGCUCGGUUGAAGUACAAAGGAAAUAAUUCACUUUCCUAAUAGAUUACUUUUUUUCCUUUUUGUAAAUACAGCUGUAGUUGAUUGGACAUCUGCCAAGAACAGUAGUUCACUCAUAUAGGGAGACUGAAAAAAAAAGGAGUACGGCUGCAACAAUACAACACUAUUUGUUGAGGGUUCGGUAGUGCUGUACAUUGUCAUUAUGCUAUUAGCACAAAACAGAAUCAGCACUGACAUGGGCAAGGGAGGGCAGUAGCUCCUUUGAGCCCCAUUUGUAAUGAUUCUAACUGACAUCAAAUCAGGACUAUAUGCCAGGACCUGUCCUCCUGGCCUGGACAUUGUCAUUUACUCUGCUCCUGCAUUUAAUCUAUGGGGAAGGAGUGGGGGUGGGAGAUGUUACUUAUCAAGAAAAGAGAGCCAGUGCCACUGACAUUGGUGAGGAGUUGCUGCUCUUGUCAGUGAGGCAAUUGAGGAAUUUGUAGGACCUUACAUUUUUGGCAGAGUUUGACUUCCAGCAAGUAUUAGGGCCGUUCAAGUCUGCCACAACUACUAUGUCUCUCCUUUUUGAAUGUUUGGUAAUCUGCUGUAGGAAGGUAUCAUCCCUUUAGUCUGGUUUGGAGGUCUAUAGCAGACACUCACAGUAAGGUCACUGUUGUUUCCUUCUCCUACAGUUUUUAUCCCAUGCACUCUCAAACUGCAUUCCUUGCUUUAAGUCAUGGAUUUCUUCACAACUGUACACAUACAUUACAUAUAAUGCUACUUCUCCUUCUUUCCUGUUUGGGCUAUUUCUUUUGAAUAGGCCAUAUACCCCUCAAUUCUUACAUUCCGGUCAUUAAUGUCAUCCCACCAGGUUUCAGUAAUGCCUAUUAGAUCAUAUUUGUCACCCUCUAUUGAGGGCUCAAAUUCAUCUUGUUUGUUUUCCAUUCUCUGUGCACUGGUAUAGAGACAACUGAUACCAUAAGUCAUUCCAGUCCAGCUGCUUCCUUCUUGUAGUUUCCUGUCCUUUAAGAGGUUUCUCAGCAGAGGAACUUUUAUAAUAUAUGGUGAUAUAGGUAUUGUGUAUUGGUACAAUAUUUUAGUACAUUGUCACAGGCAAUUUUAAUUGGGAAUUUGGCUAAUCCUUGAUGAUGAUCUAAUGAGUGAUUUUGGGGGGGGGGGAGUCCUCUCAGCAAAAGGAUUGUCCUGUACCUAGAGUUUUGCUGGCAAUCUCAAUACAGAAUCCAUAAAUGAAAUGUAAAAGGAGGAUGAUAAGCUUUUUCUUUUUCUCUUUUUUGCUAUUUAUAUUGUCUGGGUUGAGGUAAUGAAUAGUAAUAUUUAGACAUUUGCUUGAAAUACUGAUGAAGGACUGUGGCCUUCUUUGCUGUCAGUAUAGUUGAUUUUUAUGCUGCUUCAUUUAAAAGGAACAAAAAGAUUUGAAUGCUUAUCUAGUCAUUGUUUUCUGCUGAACAGAAAACACGGUCUUAUUCAAUGUACAAAACUAUUCAACACCUCAUUCAUAGGCCUUGUUUCUGCCCAUAGUUUAAUUUUUUAAAAUGAGUGUAUUGUCUGGUGGAGUUGUGUGCUAAAAAUUAUUUAUUGAUGUAGACAAUUUCUUGCAUAUCUAGCCUCUUUUAUUCAUGUCCUCCAAAAUAUUACACAGCGUUCUUCAGAUACUGAUUGAUUCUAUUUUAUAAUGGUAGGAUUUCAGUGUUAGAAACUAGGGGCACUGUCCCAAUCAGUAAUUAGACCACUAAAGACCAUAGAUUUUAGCAGGUUUUCUAUUCCUGCUCAUGGGAGGAAAAACUUUUAAUGUUCCCAUGUGAGAAAUGCAGAUCAUUUCAAUCUCUGCAGGCAAUGUUAUGAAUGACUCUUAUGAGCUCUAUUAUAAUUAAGGCCUGACUUGUAGUUUCAUUUUUAGCAAUUUACAGAAAACAUAAAUAUAAUUGCAGAUUAAGAGUUAAAUAGGAAUUGCAAUGCCAUAAUGUAUAUGUGUGUUUCUUUUAAGAUAACGGAAGUGUGGGACCAGCUGAAGAUCUUUUACCAUGCAAGAUUUGUGGGAGGACUUUUUUCCCAAAUGCAUUAGUGAGUAUAAAAGUCAGGUGACUUAAAAAUAUGUUCAUGUCUAAUCCUUCAUUUAAAAGUGAAGCUAUUGUGCCAAUUUGAAUUGUUUUAUUUAAUUAAUUGAUGGAACUUGUAUACUACUUAAUUGUAAAUACAUUUAAGCAGUUAUCACUGGUUACAGACAUAGUUGGUUUUGUUCCUAAUAAUAUGGGCUGCAUUCAGACAUGGGGUUUAUUGCCCAUAUUAUUCAGACGUGGAGUGGCUGUGUUAUAAUAGUAGUAGUAGUAGUAGUAGUAAUAAUAAUAAAUUGUUAUUCAUACCCCGCCCAUCUGGCUGGGUUGUCCCAGCCACUUUGGGCAGCUUCCAACACAUAAAAACAUAAUAAAACAUCAAACAUUAAUAGUAACAAUCUGAUCCAAUAUAAAAGUCACAAUAACUUUAAAAUAAGCAACUUAUAUAACACAAAGCAACAUUCCAACAAUCCAUCAGAAUCUAAUGGUAAACAGUUAAAUUAAACACCAGCAAAUAAUAAUUAAGCAGUUCACACUUAUCACCCACAAUAAAGAAUUACCAAUCUAUAAUCAAAAAACAAAACAGCAAAUCACAAUGCAUAAAAUACCAUAAAACCUACAAAACCAUGUAAAAAGAUCAAAUUGAGAAACAAAGACACACAACAUAAAACUGUUUUUAAAAAAAUAAAAAUCCCUGACCAUGAAAUUGCAGGAAAAUUACAACACAAAAUUCAUGAUUUUCAAAGUUAACAGGGUUGCAAAUGGAUUUUUUAUGGAAACAAUUAAUAUGGAAAUGAGCACUGAACUUCAUCUAGAUUUCCAGGAAUGACUUUUGUAUCAUGUGAAUGAUCACAUAAAGGUAACUAAAUCUUGGGGAGACAGAGUAAAGUGUCGUAUGAAUGCAGCCUUGGUCAGUAUUAAUGAAUCUAUUCAUAAAAGUCCUGAGUACAUUAUGGGAUGGAUUUGCAUUUGAAACUUCAGCUUUGUUUUAUACUAUUGAGUAAGGUGGCAUGGCGAAGAAUACAUAUAAGUUUUAUCCUCCCAUGUCUCCCUGCUUAUUUGAUGGGAUGGGUAGUAGGAGGAAGGGAGGGAGGAAACCUGCUUUCGAAAUAUAAAUGUUGCAUUUCUUUCCUCUUCUACUUGUAGAAGAAGCAUGUUCCCAUUUGCCAAAGAGCUGCUAAUAAAAAAAGAAAAGCAUUUGACUCCAGCAGACAGAGAGCGGAGGGAACUGAUAUUUCCACCGUCAAACCUCUGAAGCCACGGGUAGGUACUGGAGCAUUAGAAUAUUCCCUUUUUUUAGACAACUGUAUGUCCAUGGGCAUGUAGUUCAGUUAUUAGCUGUGUGUGCGUGAUGACUUUGGAAGUUUAUUCAUAACAAUCUAUGGGAUAUAAUAAAUCUAGCAGGGGAGUGGUAAUUGCCUUAAGCAGCAUACAUCACACAAUAUCCUAGCGGGGAUUAAAUUUAAAUAUUUAAAAAGUACUGACUGUUAAUUAAUGUUGGAUUUGAAAUAUGUGGCAUGAUGGAAUCGGGAAUAAAUCAAGCUUGAGCAUUAUUACAGUGAAACCUCGAGUUGCGGACGUAAUCCGUCCCAGAGGCACUCGAAGCGUUCGCAUCCAGAAGUGCCGCUUCUGCGCAUGCACGAGCUGCGAAAUCUGGAAGUAACCGUUCAGGUACUUCUGGGUUGCCGCGGGACGCAACUUGAAAAGACAUAACCUGAAGCAGACGCAACAUGAGGUAUGACUGUGCUUAGAAGUAAUUGUUGAACGACAUUUGCUUCCUCCUUAGGAUCUCAGCUAGUAUGGUUAUUAGGAGCAUUAGUAGAGCCACUUUGUAAGUUCAUAACAAAAAGUUGUCUUUCUCAAAGGAGUUCCAGCAAGCAUGGAAGACUAGAGCAGGGCCAUAUUUUACUGUGAACUUUGCAUCUCUUGGCUUUGAACACAGAUUCUGUGGCAAUGAUUUUUUUUAAGUCAGCAAAGAGAGAGAAAUUGUGUCUGUGAAAAAUGCUGCAUCUCAGAAGGCUAGUUUUUCUUGUGUGGUAUACGAAAAGAGGAAAUACAUCAUGCGCUAGCCCAGUUUCUGUUGGUAUAGAAGUCUGCAAGCUGUUUGAUUAUGCAGAAUGUCUUCGAUGCUUAAGAUCAAAAGCUUGCAUAGUCAUACACCACCUGGAGUUUAUUUUGUAUAACAAUAUUUGGUGGAACAGACGUAACACAGCAGCUAAUUACCAAACUAUGAAUGAAAGCAGGCGAUACUAGUGAUUCCCAAAGAAUGGCUCUUCCUAACCAGGCCACAUAGGUGAUAUCUACAGGGGACUGCCUUUGAAUGCAACUCAGAAAGUUCUGCUGGUGCAGAAUAUGUCUGCUUGGGUACUCAUUUGACCCAGGUUCUCAGAACAUAUUUUAUUGAUUCUGUACCAGUUCCACUAAUUACUGAUGCAGUACUAGGCUCAGUUCAAGUACAGUCACACCUUGGGUUACAGACGCUUCAGGUUGCGCGUUUUUGGGUUGCGCACCGCGCCAAACCCGGAAGUACCAGAAUGGGUUACUUCUGGGUUUCGGUGCAUGUGCAGAAGCAUUAAAUCGCACUUCGCACAUGCGCCGAAUCGCGACCUGCAUGUGCAAAGAUGCGGUGCUGCGGAUUGCAAACACUGCAGGUUGCGAACGUGCCUCCCGCACAGAUCACGUUCACAACCUGAGUGUCCACUGUACUGAUUUUGACUUUUAAAGCCCUAGGUGGCUGAAAGUCAGGUUAUUUGAAUGACUGCCUGUAUGCGUCUGUCUGUGCCUUAAAAUAGGUAUUCAGGAGGCCCUGCUGAUAUCAUUGGCUUUUGAGAUCAGUUAGAUUGGUGGGCAGAGUUAUAGUAUUCAAAAAGACUUUGCAAAAUUUUGUUUCCAUUGGUUUUACUGGUACAGGAUUUUGUUUGUUUUUUGGACAUGCUAUUGUGACAUUAGCAGUGAUUUUCCAUGGACCAGAAAGGUGACUUAUAUACAUGGUAUUCUUUAAAUAACAACAGCAACACAGAGAUAAGUAAAUAAUGUCAAUAGGAAAAUACAGCCAAAAGAGUGAAGUGGUUAACCCAGUGUAUAGGACCAUGGAAAAGGUGCACAUUGCUUCCGCUUAGGUAUACAGAGUUCUUUUUUGGAAAUCACUGUCAGCAGUGUCUAAUGAAAUAUUAAAUGUAUUGCUUCUAUAUUUGUUUCAUAAGUGCUCUCACAACUUCCCUGUCAAAGGAUCUAAAUACAGCUUUUGUAUAAACUCUGCUUAUCUCCUGAAAAGCAACAUUACUUCAUGGUUAAGGGAAGAUAUGUAUUUAGUGGUGUUAUAUAUAAUAUUGUAUGCCCAGCUGAAGAAAUCACUUUUAUCAAAUUGCUAAUUUGUGUAUGCUGCUUCUGUUGUCUUCUUAGCCGGAGCCCCCAAAGAAACAAUCAAACUGGAGGAGAAAGCACGAGGAACUCAUAGCAGCUAUACGAGCAGCCAAAGGAGUUGAUCAGGUCCUUAAAGAAGGUGGAAAACUGCCGCCACCACCACCACCUACUUACGAUCCUGGUAUGUGAUGUGACGUUGUGGGCUUCAACUGCAGCAUCUGUUUUGAGCAAUAUUGCUAAUGAAUGGCUAGACAGACACAACCUGUGUCUCUCAAAGGGUCAGGUGUUUUGUCUGGUCAUAAACAAGACUAACGUACAGUUCAAGGCAUUUCAUUGCCUCAAAAUGGGAGGGCAAGGAAUUAAUCCAAAAAGCCUGCAGGCAAGGUAGACUAAGAAGGUGAGAUUUACCUCUUAAAUGCACAGAUGAAGGGAAGGGGAAACAUAAUCCCCAGUGGCAUCCUAAAAAGAGCAGGCAUUCUCCUAGGCCAUGGCAGAGCUUUCAGCUGGCAGGUUCAGGGGGUGAUGGAACAUGGACACAGUCAUCCCAAGUGGCUGAGUGCAGACCAGUAAGUCUGCUCUUGAAAUCACACUUUCAGAAGUCAUACCCAUAUUAGUCUUAGAAAUCUAAAAUUUAGAUAUCUGUAGAAAGGGGCUCUCCAGGGGAACAAAAAGGGCAGAGAUGGUGAAUCUACUUGAAAAGAGAGGCAGGAUUCAGGAAGGCUGUGCUUGGUACUACAGCGUAAAAGAACACAGGCUUAUUGAUAUUUUGUAAACUGAUUUGAGCCUUUUUACAAUCAAAAGGUGUAGAAAUUUUAUUAAAGAAAACAAAACAAAACAUUGUUGGUCCAGUAAUAGUUUUGUGUUGUGCUGAUUAGGGAUGUGGGGUGUGACUCUUUUCCUGCUCAGAGUGCAAAAUGGACUCGCCUGAUUUGAUCCUGGAUCAGUGGUUCACUUGAAAAAUUGCAGCCUUGUGGAAUCAUUUGAGAGGCGGUUGGAGGGUUCUGUUCUGCCUCUGUUCUUUUAAAAAAGAUUUUUUUCCUUUCUGAAAGUAGGGCACAUCGCUUGCCGCAGCCUGUAAUGGUUAGCACAUGAGACGUUUUGCUGCUGUGCACUUUGAAUGCACUUACAGCAAGUCCCCUUGUGAGGCAUGGAGCUUGAUGGUGUCCUGUUGCUUUAGGGAAAUUAUAUGGCAAAAAAACAUGGCUGCCCCCAGUGUUUACAGUGUGGAGGCCAAGAGGGAUGGGUGUUAUACUUUUAGAAGUUUAAAAGAAAAGGGGGGGGGGAGAGAAACAAGCAUCAAACGAGUAUUAGACUACCUUUGAAGUUCCUGUUAUUAUUAUUUUACCAUUUUUCCCCAGGUAGAAAUCCAUUAAAUAUCUAUGAGUGAGAGAUGUUGUCUUGUCCCUUCUGAGAACUGGGACGGACCAGACUCUCAUGGGUUCAUCUCUAGUCCUGAUUGCAUUAGGGUGGAAGGGAUUAUUGGCUUUUGCAUGUCCUAGCAGAGCACCUAGUGUUAGGAAUUCUUUCUUUUCAAUUCAGUAGAGGCUGGUGACUGGCACCGUUUUCUUUAGUCACUUGACCUUGUCAGUUUUGCACUUGCAGAGAAGGUAGAGACUGAAAAUAAAAUGGAGGCGUGGGACGAAAUGGCGGUAACUUGGCAUCAACAUUUCCCACUUUCCUCCAGAUGAGUUUUUUUAGCCAUUUUGGCUGCAAAGAUAGACUUCAAAGAUACUGCUUAAGUAAGCAGUGCUCAUGGAAAUCUCUAAAACUAGGGAUGUUCCUGAAUAAAUGUUUUAUGUAUUUGGAAUUACUUUAGUCCCCAGCAAAGUUGAAUAUCACCUUUGCAUCUAGCAAAAUCAAAAUAAAUUAUACUAAGAAUAAAAUCACAGAAUAAGCAAUGCAAAAUAAGUUAUGCAGAAUUUUAAUGGUUUUUUUACCUUGGGUGUCACACAGCCACGGAUAUAAUAUUGUUUUUUCGGUCUAUUCUCCUUCCCAAAGUGCUGUGACGGAAUCAUUCUUGUGUCAAAAAUUGCAAUGCUGGAAAAAGUUACGUGUCUGUAAGAGAAAGUUCUCCAAGCUGCCAUUAGAUCCUCGAGUGGCUGGGGCAACCCAGCCAGAUGGGUGGGGUAUAAAUAAUAAAAUUAUUGUUAGGCUCUCCUCUUUGCAUUUUUGACUUUGCCUUGUAGGAGUAUUUCGAUGGCACUCAGAUAUAAUCUGGAAAGCUUAUAGUUAACCAAAAGCUGAGUCUGCUUGCUAUAUUUGGUUCCCAGAAUGUUUUGCUGCAUCUUGUACCGGCAAAGGAUGAGACAGCAGGAAUAGUGCUUGGAGUGCCAGUGACAGAAAAUUCCAGGAAGUCUGACAAAACACAGGCUUGAGUUAAUUUGAAAGUGUACUCCUUGCCAGUGAUGGCAAAACCUCCUGUGUUUCUCCUUUACUGUGAUGUCUGCUGUGUUGUCUAACAGAAGGUUUCCAGUUGGUUAAAGGCCCUAAACAUGGUCAGAAUAGUUCCCUGUGACUUACUUGUUGUUGCUGAAGAAUUUAUAUACGGCCCUGUACCCAGAGGUCUCAGGGCAGUUCACAGAAUAAAAUAAAAAUAUAAAACCACAAAAUGCAUAAUAAAAAUAAAAAUAAAAAGAACAACCCAAUAAUCCCUCCCCCCAAAAAAACCCCCACCACAUUUUAAAAGGGCACAGCAUGUCAAUCAAAUCAACCAAAGGCCUGGUUAAAAGGAACGUUUUUGCCAGGCACUUAAAGGUGUAUAUUUGCUAUAUGUGUUGAGAUUUUGCAGUCACUCAGAUCUAUUCCAGCUGAAUUUCACAUUGGCCACUGACUUUGUACAGUGGUACCUCCGGUUGCGAACGGGAUCUGUUCCGGAGCUCCGGCCGCAGCCCGAGAAAUUUGCUGCUGGAGGUGGCGCUUCUGCGCAUGCACGCAGUACAUAGAGCAAUUUUGCGCGUGUGGCGAAAACCCGGAAUUAUACUUCUGGGUUUGCUGCUUACGUAUCCCAAAGUUUACGUAACUGGAGGGAUACAUAAGUGGAGGUACCGCUGUAUUGGAAACAUUCAGUGCAUUAAUCAGUUGUGUGUGUUUGCAUAAAUUCUAACUUUCAUCAUCUGAAGCUGUAGGAUUAUUGGAAAGGUCUAACAUAUUACCUGCUUGCUUGACUCCUGCCCAACCUGAUACGUUAAGUCUCAACUGAAGACAAGUUGAGAGGUGAUAAUCUCCCUUCAUUGCCUGUCCCAGUGGUUGAACUGGUGGUGAAACCUUUAUAGAAAAAGCAUAUUCUAGGUCCCUUAGGGUUAGGAGUUAUUUGUCAAUCUACAACUUGAUAUUUUGGGAUUAGGUGGUCAGGCAGACUCCAGGUACUCCUCCUGCAUUAACACUCAAAAGCUAGGCUUGUAUUGUUCAGCAGACUUCUUUUAAUGGUGGCCACUAUCACUUGGACCUGCCUCCUUAAAAAGCAAAAACCCAUUUGCUUUUGGCUUUUAUGUGCAUUUUGGGGGAGGGCUUUUGAAUGCUGAUGGCUUCAAUACUCAGGAAUCUUCAUUGAUUUUUACUGAUUUGCUUUUGAUUUUUAACACGUUUAUAAUACUGUUUCAGAUAUUAUAGCAGUUUUCUGUUUUUAUUGUCAUGCACUUUGUGGGUCAGGUCUAGAGUUAAAGUUGGGAUAAAACCAGAGUGACUAAAUUAAUAAAUAACCUGUACUGUUCUUUGUGUCUCAUGAAUUGCUGAUGAAUAUAGAUUAUAUCCAGUGCCCAUAUUGCCAGAGAAGAUUUAAUGAAAGUGCAGCUGAUCGGCACAUCAAUUUCUGCAAAGAACAGGCAGCGCGUAUUACUAAUAAAGGAAAAGUGGUUACUGAUUCUAAAGGGAAGCUUCCUACCCGAACGCAGGUGAAUGAUUAUUAUUUGCUCAGAUGAAUAAUAAACCCUGCCUGAAGUGAAGUAAUUCCACACUAGGGAUCAUCAGGAAAGGGAUUAAAAAUUUAAAAGCCAAUAGCAUCGCGCAGUUAUACCAAUCUAUGGUGCAGUCACGCUUGGAAUACUGUGUACAGUUCUGGUCACUUCCCCUCAUGAAGGGAGGAAAAGCUUCAGAAAAGGGCAACCAAAAUGGUCAAGAAGAUGAAGCAACUCUGCUAUGAGGAAGGUGACAACAUUUGCAGCUUUAUAACUCAGAGGAAAGGCAAGUAUUGGAGGACUUGAUAGAGGUGUAUAAAAUUAUGCAUGGUGUAGAGAAAGUUGGUAAAGAAAAGUUUUUCUCCCACUUUUAUAAUACAGUCACGCCUUGGAAGUUGAACGGAAUCCGUUCCGGAAGUCCAUUCGACUUCCAAAACGUUCAGAAACCAAAGCGCGGCUUCUGAUUGGCUGCAGGAAGCUCCAGCAGCCAACCAGAAGCUGCGAAAGCCCCUUUGGAUGUUCAGGUUCCAAAGAACGUUCACAGACCGGAACACUCACUUCCGGAUUUGUGGUUUUCAGGAGCCAGAAUGCCCGAGUACCAAGGCGUUUGAGAUCCAAGGUACAACUGUACUGGAAUUGAUCGAAAUCCGGUGAAGAUGAAUGUUGGAAGUGUCCGUAUUGCUUCACACAAAACAUAGUCAAAUUAUGGAAUUUGCUGUUAGAGGAGAUGGUGGUAACUACCACCCUGAAUGUCUUUAAAAGAGAAUUAGACAGAUUAAUAAGGGACAGGGAUAUCAAUGGCUGCUAGCUAUGAUGACUGUGUUCCACCUCCACUAUAAGAAUCAUGCCUGUGUGUACCAGGUGCUAGGAAAUGCAGGUGGGGAGAGCUCUGAUGCACUCAGUUUCUGCUUGCGGGCUUCCCAGGAAUGUUGGGUUGGCCACUGUGAGAACAGAGUACUGUACUGGACGAUAUGGGCCUUGAGCCUGAUCCAGCACAGCUUUUAUUUUCUUACGAACAUAUAAAAAGAUGAUCACUCAGCCUUUACUUAAAUCAGCAUUGGAAUAUUUGGUAUGUACAUUGUUCUUUUCAUAGUAAUAGGUGAGUAGACGCUAGAUUUUCCUGGAUGAAGUGAAAAAACCACAGCAUUUCGAACCCACUUUUUAUGGUACAUUUGCAAACGCCCCAUGAGAUACAGAGCUAUUGAUCAUUACAGUAUUUCAAGACAUGGAACCGUAUGACUGAGUUGUUCAAUGACUGGUUUUUGUGUCUGUUUCAGUACAAGUCGCCAUCAGUAAAGAAGAUGCCUCCAUCAGGAAUAACACCACCAGCCUCAUCACGCUUACCACAACCAAGUAAUGUCAAUAAAAUUGUUAUUGUAGUUGCAUAUCAGGAAUGCAUGAAUAAAUAUUGCCUCAAGGCUAAUAGAUAUAAUGGCUUGGAUCCUGAUUUUCUUUCCAUGAAUGGAACACAGUUUUCCUGCCACCCCUUUUCCUCUAUUCCUGGGGGUUGAGGAAUCCUUGGUACGAGAUGCCUACAGAUGGCUGUUGCAGCCAUUACUUUAUGUGAAUCAAGGACCCAAGCUAUUGCAAUGUGCAUGCAAACUUCUGUAGUCUUCAGCAGGUUGCUGGUCUGCACCUCCCAUUAUCCCUGGCAUUUGGCCAUACGGACAGAAGCUAAAUGGGAAUUGCAAACCAACCACAUCUGGUUUCCCCAUCCCAGCUCUCCCAUGGUUUAUUGGUGUUUAUCUUCACGGCUGAAGAAUUUCAAGUUGAAACAGAAGGCCAAUGAUAUAGACCUUCCCAUGGAGCUUGUUACUUGCAAAUGUUGCUACAGAGUUCAGUAGCAGGAUUCAUCUCUGAUAUGUGCAGACAUCCCUGGAGAGCAGCUGCCAGUCAGUGUAGACACUAUUGAGCUAGGUAGACCAGUGGCUCAACUAUGUACAGUAUAACCAGAAGGUGAUUGAGUGAAUGCUUUGAGGCUGCAUACUGUGAUAAACUCUUUGUGUUCUUCUCAGUCAUCACAUUUUAAAAGAGAAAAUAUUUAUUUUAUUGCUUUAAAGGUGAGAUGUAGAAUCUUGAAAAAGGGGCGCAGGUGGUGCUGUGGGUUAAACCACAGAGCCUAGGACUUGCCGAUCAGAAGGUCGGCGGUUCAAAUCCCUGUGAUGGGGUGAGCUCCCGUUGCUCGGUCCCUGCUCCUGCCAACCUAGCAGUUCAAAAGCACAUCAAAGUGCAAGUAGAUGAAUAGAUACCACUCCGGUGGGAAGGUAAACGGCGUUUCCGUGCGCUGCUCUGGUUCGCCAGAAGCGGCUUAGUCAUGCCGUCCACAUGACCCAGAAGCUGUACGCCGGUUCCCUCGGCCAAUAAAGCGAGAUGAGCUCCGCAACCCCAGAGUCGGCCACAACUGAACCUAAUGGUCAGGGGUCCCUUUACCUUUACCUAGAAUCUUGAAAACAGUUGUGCAGUGCUUUCAGGCCUGUUACUAAGGCAGUAUUACUGCUAGGAGAGUAGGAGAUGAGAAAAAGCUAUGCUUUCGAGACAGGGUACCUUGCCUUUCUUGCUUUCUUGCGGUGCCUGUUGUGGCUGCUUCUUGUGGCCAUUUAAAACUGCACAAAGAAACUAUGAUGCUUGUUCGUCCUGACUUGAGAAGAACAUUUCAGUGAUUGGGUAGGAAGGUGAUGUAUCAAACAGUGGGAAAUGCUGGAAAACAGCCUGAUUUAUUUUUAAACAUUUGCAUGGCUACUGUAAAAUGCAUUAAAUUAUGACUUGUAGGGCAGCUAGCCUUGCUUGUGGUAUUGAUAUACCUCCUGAAUAAUGAGUCAGCAUGUUCUAUUGCAUAGAGCUUUGGGUUUGGAUGGGGAAACCUGGCUUGAAAUCUGGUUGGCUAUUAAGAAAAAUAGGAUGCUGAACUAGAACUGUAUUUUUUUUCUAAUACAGAAAAAGUAUUUUUAUGUCCAUAAUCCCCACACAGCCUGAAGUCUUCUGGGCAAGUCAUUAUCUUCCAUGAUUGCCCUGCUAAGAUGAUACUAGGCAGUUACAGGGUCACUUCAAUGCUCUUUGUGGUGAAUAACUGGACUUCAUUUCUCUCUGCCUCAGUUGGCCAGUGCUUCCUCUCCCCACUGGCCCAGCUUUGCUGCUUUCUCGGUCAAAAUCUGCCCAUCCUGAAGUUGCUGUUUAUUUACAGCAGGGGAAGGUUGGGGAGACUCACAAUUAAGGUACAGUGGUACCUCGGGUUACAUACGCUUCAGGUUACAUACACUUCAGGUUAUAGACUCCGCUAACCCAGAAAUAGUGCUUCAGGUUAAGAACUUUUCUUCAGGAUGAGAACAGAAAUCGUGCGGCAGUGGCGUGGCAGCAAGAGCAGGCCCCAUUAGCUAAAGUGGUGCUUCAGGUUAAGAACAGUUUCAGGUUAAGAACGGACCUCCAGAACGAAUUAAGUACUUAACCCGAGGUACCACUGUACUUCACUAGGACUAAUACAUACGGUCGUACCUUGGAAGUCGAACAGCUUAGUUCCUGAACAUUUUGGCUCCCAAAUGUUGCAAACACGGAAGUGACUGUUCCGGUUUGCGAACUAUUUUUGGAAGCCGAACGUCCGACGGGGCUUCCAUGGAUUCCGAUUGGCUGCAGGAGCUUCCUGCAGCCAAUCAGAAGCCGCGCUUUGGUUUCUGAACAUUUUGGAAGUUGAAUGGACUUCCGGAACGGAUUCUGUUCAGCUUCCAAGGUACAACUGUACUGGGGAGGAGGAUAACACCCACCCAGCAGUACUGCAGCUGCAAUCCCAUUUGUCAGCUCUGACGUCUCCUCUUAAUUCAGGGUAUCAAAUCACAGAAACUCCCUCAUUGCAUGUAGUUUCAUGAUGUGAAGUAAGAAUAAAGUAAAGCUGCUAAGCACAGAAAUGAUAUUUCCAUGUUUGUUUAAAAAGGUACACCUGCAAAUAAAAUUCUGUCUACAAGUGGGCCAGUGGGAAGUAAAAUCCAAAGUUUGUCUCCAGCUCAUAAAAACUCAACAAGGACAAGCCCCCAAACAGGGUAAGUGCACAGUUAACGCUGUACGCAUAGUAUUUAAUAAACACCUUUGAAUACUUCGUCCUUCGUGGUGGUUUCUGUGUAAAAGAGUGAAUUUUAUAAAUACAGUGAAAAUCUGUGCAGCACAAUAAUAUUUUGUUGAAAAUCGCUAGGUUGAAAAUCAGUUCGUCUCACACAGAUUCUCAGGCACUGUAUCAAUCAGUAUAUUUUGUGUAUUGCGAUUACUCUUGCUGCUGAAUGUUUGUGUGGUAGAAGCAAUGGAGGAACAUCAGCAGGAAGCUCUUGAUAUCAAUAGUCAAUGCUAAUUUGGGCUAACGGCCCCAAACAACUGCAUAUUUUUCUCUUGUACUCUAGGUGGCAGUAUUUGAUCUCUGCAGGAAAAGCAGAUAAAACAUAUUAGUAGCAAUGGGGUUUAGGGCUUAUAUUUGAAAAUAAAUUUAGACAUUGCUUUUUAAUUGCUGCUGAUGUGAGACAGUGUGUGACAAUUAAAAGAAUGCUAUUCUGAAUAUGUAUGUGGCUCUGGUGUAUUUUGAAUUUACUAUAGUGUUUGCUUGGGGCUGCUUGACUUCUGCCCUCUCAUUUAGUUGAACUUGUUUUCCCGUUUCUCCUUUGUUGUUUUUAAGUCUGUUCAUGUUGAAAGGCGAAGAACCAAAUCUAAAGUAGAGAUUUUUUAUCUUUGGACAGUACGUCAAGUUACUGAACCUGGAAUUGGUUUAAAUAAACACCCAUGAGAGACUUCAGUGUAUAUGACAGUUUAGUUUGUGGGUAAUUAUCUAACCAGAAACAGAACCAGACUAGCAGCUGCAAUCACCUGCCCCCUGGAGCCCAUAUGUGCAAGAGCUUCCCCGUUGACUUCUGUUGGUAGUAAACUGCUUUGAACAUGGAGAUGAAUGCUCGGAACUGCCUCUUCCCCACUGAAGUUAAUGGGGAAGCCUGCAGAAAUUGCAUUUCAUGUGCACAUCUAAGCACCUCUAGAAUUUGGGAUCAGAGCCAAAGAAUUCAACAUGGGAAACGUUUGCAUAUCAAAGGUGGAAAACUAUUCCCAGCUGGCAGGCCAGAUCUCAACCUCUCCACCCAGGGUGCCAUUUUGACAGGUGGGUGGGGCCAGCCACUUGUUGAUCACCUGACAUCGUGAUGACGCCAGUGACAGUUCUAAAUGACAGCACACCUUUAGGAGGGAACUUCCUACUGCAGUUGAUCCCAGUGUAACUUGUUGUCAGAGCCAAUUCGUUGUUUAGCAUGGUCAGUGAACCCUAAUGCCUCCCUUCAUACCCCAAGCACCAGUCCCCACUGGCAGCCCUGCUACAUACAGAGAAACCUCUGUGUGCACAGCAUCUUAUUGUGUGUUGACACUGGCUCGUACCCUAAGCUUUUGUUUGCUUCUAAAUUCUGCCUAAUUGACUGAAUUACUGUUAUCUUUUAGAGGGUCCAUGAAAUCACGGACAGUUGCACCUACUAAUGUGGCACGGAAUGCUGGCAUAGGUAUGAUGGCAAACAAAAGAAAAGCUUAUAGUACUGAAAACUACUCAAACAGGUAAUUCGUGAAUUUUGCCUUUCUGGAAGUAUUUACGGCUUUCAUAUAUCUGAAGAUUACUGUCUUGUUGUGGCGGUGUUACAAUUACACUUUAAAAAAACAAUUCAGCCUAGGCACUUGAUUUGGGGGGGGGGGAGGGGAUAGCAUCACAAAUAAAUACUGAGGGAUAAGACAACUGGCCUUGGAAUGGAAUACUUAAAAGAAUCACAGGCACGUUCUCAGUGGCUGCUCCCAGACUUUGGUACUGCCUUCCUAGAGAGGUUAGACUCCCUCCUUGUUCUUCCACCGGCAAAUGAAGACCUUAUUCCAACAGGCUUUUGGGAACUGAUGUUUUUUUAAGGAAAAUGAUUUUAAUAGUUCUGUGCUUUUUUCUUUUUUACUAUCUGCAUGUAAAUAGUUUUCUUUUUUAUAUUGUUUUUAUUCUAUCAUAGUUUAAUUAAAUUUUAAGCUACCUGUCUUCUAUGUUUUUACAUUUCUGUGUUUUAUUCAUGUUCCUGUAAGCCACCUUGAGUCCUGGUUCCUGGAAAAGGCAGGAAAUUAACAAAUGCAAUAAUUAUUAUAUUCUAAGAGUUUCAGAGGUUAACUGCUAGCAUCUGCCUCUGCUUUAUACAGUGGUGCCCCGCAAGACGAACGCCUCGCAAGACGGAAAACCCGCUAGACGAAAGGGUUUUCCGUUUUGGAGGCGCUCGCUAAAGCAAUUUCCCUAUGGGCUUGCUUCGCAAGACGACAGCCCAUAGGAAAUCUCAGGGACAGCGGGGAAGCGCAGCGCGUCUUCCCCACUGUCCUCGGACCUCCUCCGAAGCCUGGCGGCGGGGCGGGGACACCUCCUCCCGCCGCCGCCGGGCUCGGAAGGCUCCUCCGGCCGGGCGGGGGGAGGGAACACCUCCCCCGCCGCCUGGCUUUGGAACAGUGCUCCGGCCGGGCGGGGGGAGGGAACACCUGCCGCCGCCGCCCGGCUCGGGACGGUGCUCCGAGCCGGGCGGGGGGAGGGAAGACCUCCCCGCCGCCCGGCCUCGGAACGGUGCUCCGAGCCGGGCGGUGGGGAGGAAGACCUCCCCGCCGCCCGGCUUCGGAGCGGUGCUCCGAGCCGGGCGGGGGAGGGAACACCUCCCGCCGCCGCCCGGCUCGGGACGGUGCUCCGAGCCGGGCGGGGGAGGGAAGACCUCCCGCCGCCGCCCGGCCUCGGAACGGUGCUCCGAGCCGGGCGGGGGAGGGAACACCUCCCGCCGCCGCCCGGCUCGGACGGUGCUCCGAGCCGGGCGGGGGAGGAAGACCUCCCGCCGCCGCCCGGCUUCGGGCGGUGCUCCGAGCCGGGCGGGGGAGGGAAGACCUUCUGAAGGCGGGCGGGGGCGAAAGUCUUUGCUCCCCUGCCUGCCUGUCCCGGAGGGCUUUGAAGGCGGGGAGCAAGACUUUCGCCCCGCCCGCCUUCAGAAGAGGUCCAGGACCUCUUCUGAAGGCUGGCGGGGGCAAAGUCUUUGUCCCCCUGCCUGCCUUCCCAGGGGCUUUAAAUUGCCCCGGACAGCGGAGAAGUCCUCCGCUGUCCCGGGGUGAUUUUAAAAUGCCGCCCGCCAGCAUUUUAAGAUCGCCCGGACAGCGGAGAAGUCCUCCGCUGUCCCGGGGUUUUAAAAUGCUGGGGGUGGGAAGAAAAGCCCUUGCCCCCCAGCCUUCAGAAGAGGUCCGGGGACAGACUGUCCCCGGACCUGGUCUGAAGGCGGUUUCCCUAGGAACGCAUUAAUUGAUUUUCAAUGCAUUCCUAUGGGAAACCGUGCAUCGCAAGACGAAAAACUCGCAAGACGAAGAGACUUGCGGAACGAAUUAAUUUCGUCUUGCGAGGCACCACUGUAUAUAGCACCUUGGACUUCUAUUCUCUGCUCCAUUGCCCACAGAAUUUGAGCUUACUUGUGUCCUUUAUGUCCCUUCUAGAUAUGACACGAUCCAGACCCUUCCAUAUCUUUUCCUACAGGAUUGCUUUAAUAAUCAGGACUGUUAUUAUGGGAAGAGAUGGUGUAACCUUUCCUUUCUGUAGAGGGGCAGACCAGGGCAACUAGUAGUCACUUAACGGGAAUGGCUUUAUAUCAGCUGAAAGAGCAUGAUGGAAGGCAUACUGAAUAUCACCUCCUGAUCUUCCACGGGAGCCUGAUGAGGUUUCCAGUUAGCAGUGCAAGAAGUAUAGAAUAUCCUGAUCACAGAACUUCUAUUUCAUGUUCCAUUGGGCCCUUACAUUUGACACAAGGGCCUAUUAAUUUGAUUCUUUCAGUUUAUUCCAUUGGCCUAAGGUUCUCCAGUGCUAGCAUGGAGUUUGAGUUGUAUAAUCCAGCAAGGAAGUAUUGUGGGAUUUUAUUUUAUUUUGUAGUAAGAAGGCCAUGUUUUUGGAAUGAUACGUUACUGAAGAACUAUUGUAAGGGAAAGGUCAGAAUGAAUGCUUUGCAAAUCACGCAUAAACUAUUAACAUUUAUCUAAACUCUAUAAUGUUCUCCAUUUUGAAUGUUCAAUGGCUGAUGAAGAACUGGAUAUGACAGUGGAGACUGCUCAUCUUCUGUCAAUGGAGCAAGUUCAAAAAGCAAUGAGGGAAAUUCACCUGCACAGUUACCAAAAUUCUGUUACGAAUGCGGCGCCAAAUACCCGGUGGAAUCUGCAAAAUUCUGCUGUGAAUGUGGAGUUCGAAGAAUGGUUUUGUGAACACCUUCUGUAAAGUAGGAUAAAAGAGAGCUCCUCUGUUUGCUAUGGCUGCAUGGAAUUCUGCGCUGUACUUUCCCAUCUGAACUUGUGCUAAAACACCAUAGUAAUUUUCUGAGAGCAAUUCUUUUUGGUUGCAGAAUAAUUUAUAUAGAUAUAAAUAUACUGUAUAUAAUUGAUAGGUACCUGAAACUGUGCCAUUCAAGAAGGUAUUCUUGAGACACUGUUGGAAAUAUCUUUAAUGGAGCGAAUUAACUCAAGAAGUGGGGGGCGUUUUGUUUUUUGUAAUCCUGCUAUGUAUUACUGUAUAUUCUUACAUGGUUCUCGUUAUUCACCCAUAAUAGUGUUACCCCGAAUAAGUUCAUCCAAUAAGGGAAUCUAGAGAAUAUUGGCUGCUGUAGAUAACUUGAUGAGUAGGUUCUCAUAAACCUUACUAACCAACAAAAAAGGUUCAGAUUUACCGAUCUUGUUUAUGUUAUUAUUCUACCUGAUUGGCAUUUUUUCCGAGUCUGCUUUCAAAACAUGUUAUAAUGUCCAUUGUACAGAUGCUUCCUUUGUGUGUGGUACCAGAUUUUCCCCAGCCAAUUUUCACAUUCCUUUCUUUAAAUAUAAUUCUUAGUUUUGCAAAAUAGUUCACCUUCAGAUAUCUAUGGAAUCAAUUGCCAAUGGCAGCUUUUCCUGCAAACCUCACUAUAAUGAAUGGAGGAUGUAUAAGUAGUACUUUGAAUCUCAUCCUUUAUCAAGCUUCUCCUACACCGCUCUCUUUUUCCAUUAUUUGUAAAGCCCUGCUCCUUAUUUUCUAAAAACAAAUAUAAGCAUAGUUUUAAUGUUUGUCCAGUAUGGUCUAAAUUAUUAUGCCCACUUUAUAGAGUUUUGUGGCUAUUGCAAUGAUGGUAAGAUACAGUAGAAAGAGAAUCACUUGUUAUAUAAUAAUUAUUAGAAGAACAAAUGAGUUUCAGAACAUGGUACCUGAAUAAUGCUUUUUCUUCUUCUUUGCAGUAUCUUUUGCUUAGGGGUUUUUGGUACCUUCUGCAGCCAAAUCAAAAUAAACUGGCUUCACAGGGAGUACAUUGACCCACUGGAGCCCUUAACCUAUAUCACUAUUGUUGUUUGUCUUAGUAAUAGCAUACAUUUUCACAGAAAUUAUUUUUCCUAUGGAGAAGAGCCCUCAUUUCUGCCUUUCUCAAAAUCAUUUUGACCUUUUUGGUUCCAACAGUUAUUUCUAAGCCGUGGUCACAUCUUAUAAAGAAACAAUUUAACCUGUCAGCUGGGCACUUUGUAGUAUUUGACCUGACAUUAAUCUAACCUUAUUUUCAUCUUUUCGAAUGAUGUGACUAAUGGCAACUGGAAAUGCAACUGGUUGAUCAAGCUACUUUUCCUGCUUCAACUUUCUAGUAUGCUUGCUGGUGGUAAAUUGAAGGUCCCUUAUUAUUAGAGUUAACAAAUUCAUUGAUGUAGGAUUAUUAUUUGUGGAUCUUAGGUUGCUCAGAAAUGAAAAGUACAAUUUUAACUGCAGUAUCCAAAACCUUGUCCUGUGACCCAAUUUUCAGUUCUAUACAAAUGGCUAAUAUUCAGCCAUUAUAUAAUGCUUAGUUGUUCUGCUACAAUGGCUAAAUGUGGGGGAACUGAACCAGUCCUGGAGAAGAUGUCUAGAACUUCAUUGAGGUGUGCACUAUUAUGCAUAGCUCACAUUAUUCUCCCUCUAUUCUUAGGUGUUCCUUCCAGACCUUUUCUUUUUAUUAAAAAAAAUUAUGAAUACUUUGUCUGCAAUCUGUGUUAGUAGAUUAGUGUACUAUCUUUGAUUAUAUAUAGUUACAUUUUAAUGGCGGGGGUAAAUUCAAUAAUUUAGGAAGUUGCACUUUUAAAGGUUUUCAUUAAAACAAAAAAACUGAGCCCAAUAUAUCAUAUUGCUUCAUGAUGAAAUCACUAUAAUGGGCAUGUUCAACCUAAACCAGAAAUAAUUAUGUGUGUUGAUUUAGUACUUGAAGGCACCAUUAUAAAAUCUUAAAGAGUGAUUGUUCUGUGUGAUGAGCUCGUCCGUGUGAUAGAAAUCAAAAAGGCAUCGACAAACCUAACCACUUACAACGAAAAUGUUAUUGAUGUUAAUGGAGAAUCACAUUUCUGAACCAAUCAAUGACAUUGCAUCAUUUCAUAAUAGGGUUCUCUGUCUUUAAAUGGUGGUGGUUAAUCUAUAAAAUAAUCACUUUAAACAUGCAGUAACAUUUUGUUUCCAUAUGAAAGGGUCUCCCCCUCUUCUAAUCCUCAGAAUACUAAGGAAAACAAGAGUUUUUCAAAACAUUCCUUUUGCCUUUUCAUUGACUAGAAAAUCUGGUAAGUUAUAUUAUACAUCUUGUUUAUUUGCUUGAAAUCUUACUUUUAAAUACAUUAACGUUAUGCCACAGAUUUAUAUCUCAUGUAAAUAAUGAUACUGAGAUGAGCUCAAUAUAUUUAAGAAUUCACUCAGAGUUACUUCAGGUUACUUUUAGCCACAGAGUUGACUCUACACAUUUGGAAAAUGUACACCUUGUAUUGCCCUGAUGGCAGAGCAGCACAGAGAUCAGUCUUAGCAUCAGAAAAGCUCAUUUCUAUUGUACUUAGUGGUGGAAAUCUAGUGAUCAAUCUGGUAUUCCACUUAUUUUUUUUGCAUUUUGUGAAAGAGAUGACUGGUAUGUUGGGAAAUUUCUGAAUGAUCUACAUGCUUUUGAGAGUCUUGUGUGGAUGUUGCUUUGUUUUGGGUGAGACUUCAUAUGCAUCUUCAUUCACCAAAGAUCUCAAAUAUUUAUGUAACAUAAAUGCUUUCCUGUGUUUCUGCAGAUGCUUUAUUACACCUACCUAACAAUACAGAUUUCUUACUGUAUCUGCCUGAUCUUUUAAUAUAUUGUAUCCUCUCUCUUUUGUAACUGUCAUCUAAUUUCUAGUUAUGUGACCUUUUAUUCUUUGCUCUGACUUGCGUUUUGGAUUUUCCUAAAUGUUUAUUGGGAUCAUUGCGAAAGCAAUCUGUACAUGCUUGCAGUAUGUUAUCUAGUCCUUUGUUAACAAUAAAGCAAUUGUUGCAU